GGGGUGUGUGUGUGUGUGGGGGGGGUGUCCCCUGGUACCGCAUCCUUUUCCGCUCUGGAUCGGGCGCUGGGGCUCCUUAUGGGUCCCCGCUACCCCGUUCCUGCGAGCCCCCAGCGUUUCUUCGGGAUCCCGCCUUGUUCCAUCAGCCGCCGGGACUGGGGACGCGGGUUUAGCUGUAGGGAAUACGAGGAGGGGUAUUUGGGCGCUGUGCGCGUUGUGAUCCUCGCGCUCUCGGAGUUCGGGAAGCAACUUUCUUCCGUUUGGAAGUCUGUGUGUGAGGGGACAGAGCGGCUGGUGGGAGGGUUGGGAAACUUCAGCUGAAGUGGAGCGUCAUUGUUGAUGUUUAUCCUUAGACGCUUCAACAGAUUUAUUCUGGCGCUUCCUCAGUUGUAAAUUCUGAAAGUGAAGAACGCCCGAAAUUCGGGGCUUCGCCCUCUUCCAGUAAAACUUCGGACCUUACAGAAUACAUACGUGCUUUGAGACCUCGCAGAGCUGUCUCGAAAAGAUCAUGGAAAGCUGCGCUUUGCAUUUGUCACAUUUCCAAGCUGAAUUCCUACAAAAAAUGUUGGUGGUGCAGAUCUGACCUAUGGUAAUACCUUGAAAGAGUAUGAAUAUUUCAGCAAACUGCCUCUUCAGUGGUUCCUCCUUAGCAUCUGAAGUGCAUGCUGCUGCUGUUAAUGGAGAUAAGAGUACCCUCCAAAAGCUAAUAGCAGGAAACUCUGAGCUGAAAGAUAAAGAGGACCAAUUUGGAAGAACUCCACUUAUGUACUGUGUCUUGGCUGACAGGCUGGACUGUGCAGAGGCAUUGCUGAAGGCUGGAGCCGAUGUUAAUAGAGCUGAUCGUAGCCGAAGAACUGCUCUCCAUCUUGCUGCACAAAAGGGAAAUUACCGAUUCAUGAAACUUUUACUGGCUCGUAGAGGGAACUGGAUGCAGAAGGACUUGGAGGAUAUGACACCAUUACAUUUAACUACACGUCACAAAAGCCCAAAAUGUUUAGCUUUGUUGUUAAAACAUAUGGCACCUGGAGAAGUGGAUACUCAGGAUAGAAAUAAGCAAACUGCAUUGCAUUGGAGUGCCUACUACAAUAACCCAGAGCAUGUGAAACUUCUCAUAAAACAUGAUUCAAAUAUUGGAAUCCCUGAUAUUGAAGGAAAAAUCCCACUUCACUGGGCAGCUAACAACAAGGACCCUAGUGCAAUUCACACAGUGAAAUGUAUUCUGGAAGCUGCACCUACAGAAUCUCUGCUUAACUGGCAAGACUAUGAAGGACGAACUCCCCUUCAUUUUGCUGUUGCAGAUGGGAAUGUAGCAGUUGUCGAUGUCCUGACCUCCUACGAAGGCUGCAAUGUAACAUCUUAUGACAACUUGUUUCGAACUCCCCUUCACUGGGCAGCCUUACUUGGUCAUGCACAGAUUGUCCAUCUCUUAUUAGAAAGAAAUAAGUUUGGAACCAUCCCAUCUGAUAGUCAAGGUGCAACACCCCUACAUUAUGCAGCGCAGAGCAACUUUGCUGAAACAGUUGAAGUAUUUUUGAAACAUCCUUCUGUAAAAGAUGACUCAGAUCUUGAGGGAAGAACAUCCUUCAUGUGGGCAGCUGGCAAAGGCAGUGAUGAUGUUAUUAGGACUAUGCUGACUUUAAAAUUGGAUAUUGAUAUCAAUAUGACAGACAAAUAUGCUGGCACAGCGUUACACGCCGCUGCCCUUUCUGGCCAUGUCAGCACAGUGAAAUUGCUGUUGGAGCACAAGGCCCAGGUAGAUGCUCUGGAUGUCAUGAAGCACACCCCGCUUUUCCGAGCCUGUGAGAUGGGACACAAAGAAGUGAUACAAACACUCAUUAAAGGAGGGGCAAGAGUAGAUUUGGUUGACCAAGAUGGCCAUUCACCUCUUCACUGGGCAGCCCUGGGAGGAAAUGCUGACGUGUGCCAAAUCUUGAUAGAAAAUAAAAUCAACCCUAAUGUGCAGGAUUAUGCAGGUAGAACACCUCUGCAGUGUGCUGCUUAUGGAGGUUACAUUAACUGCAUGGUAGUGUUACUGGAAAACAAUGCAGAUCCAAAUAUCCAGGAUAAAGAGGGAAGAACUGCCUUGCACUGGCUCUGUAACAAUGGCUACCUUGAUGCUAUAAAGUUGCUGCUCGGUUUUGAUGCCUUUCCUAACCAUAUGGAGAACAGCGAGGAGAGGUAUACUCCACUUGAUUAUGCCUUGCUUGGGGAACACCAUGAAGUGAUUCAGUUCAUGUUAGAGCAUGGGGCUCUGUCUAUAGCUGCCAUUCAGGAUAUUGCUGCUUUCAAAAUCCAGGCUGUCUACAAAGGAUACAAAGUUAGAAAGGCUUUUCAAGAGAGGAAGAAUCUCCUAAUGAAACAUGAACAGCUGAGAAAAGAUGCUGCUGCCAAGAAACGUGAAGAGGAAAGUAAGAGAAAAGAAGCCAAGCUACAGAAAGGGGUGCAGAACGUGGAACAAAGCAAGUUUCGAGCACAACAGAGUCCUGCAAAUCGAGAGAAGGCCACCAGUGUCCCACAGUUACCCAGUAAACCAUCUGAUACACAGAGUAAGAGACUUCUGCCCCUCAACGCUUCACAAAUUCAACCAGGGAGAAACAGCAGAGGUUCACCUAAAGCUUGUCACAACAAAGGGACCUCAAAGGAGAGUUGCUUACCAGCGGAGCCUCAGAGUGAAGGUCAUAAAAUCAGCCAAGAUUCAUCGAGGAAACAUAUCAAAAGCAAGUCAAGUUGUGUCCAUUUCCAUUGUGACAAAGCAAAAGAGGGAGCAAAAGUUGAAGUGAAACAUCAGGUUGCAGCUGCUACAGAUCUGAAUGGAGAAAAGCACAAGGAGCACACUGUUGAUGCCACAGUGCCCCGGAGGAGCAGAAGGCUUACUACUUCUACUUGUAGGACUGCUAGUGUUGGGGAAAAAUUAAGGGAUCCAAGUCAGCCUUCAUCUGGCAAGAGGGACCAUUGUGAGGGAACGGCUGCAUUCUUCUGCAAUGUCAGUUGUGCUGGUGGGGCUGUGAGAAACUCAAAACAGUGUGAAGCUUCUUCCAAAGGCAAAAGACAUCGGGAGAAGUCCAGAAGUAAAGAGGUAAAUGAUAAGCGAUGUUCACCAGCUGGUUCUAGUAGACCAGGAAGUGCCAAAACAGUAUUUGUAAACAGCAGAAAUGACAGCACACAUGCUGUGGAACGAACUGACAAAGUGGAAAAUAACGAAUUAGCAAAAAAGGCUUCCCCAUUAUUGUGUGCUGGGGCAGAACCUACCGGAACUGUGCCAAGAAACCCAGUAGCAUGUUCUGCUCCUGCUGACAGUUUAAACUUGGAAAAAACAGAUGUAAUUGGAUCCAGGAACACAGAUGAUCAAUUAUGUUCUGUCGCAUGGCAAAGUACAAAUAUUGAACUAAUCCCUUUAGAGAUUCGAAUGCAGAUCAUAGAAAAAGAAAGAAAAAGAAAAGAGCUAUUUCGAAAGAAGAACUAUGCUGCUACAGUCAUACAGAGGUCAUGGAGAAGUUACCAGCUAAGACAGGAGUUGUUUCAGCUUCUUAGUGCUAAGCGGCAGUGCAAGGAAGAUGAAGACAAAUGGAGACAAGAGACAGCUGCCUUCUUCAUUCAGGUUGCUUGGAAGAAACAGCUGAACCAUGGCCUUCUGAAAUCAGUUCCUUCAUGUAAAAAUCUGAAAUCUGUAAACAAAACCAGCUCAGCCAUAAAAACCAGCAAGCAGUCUAUCCUAAAGCAGAUAUAUGGGCGUUCUCAGGAAGGCAAAGUGUUCCAGUCAACAAGAUCUCCUUCUAAGCUGAAAUUUUCUGAUGUGCAGCUGGUCUCAGUAAACAACCUACAGUGUGUUAAUUUGCUGGAGAACAUGGGAAAAUCAAAACAAUUUUCAUACAACAUGAGACCAACCACUGCAGCAAAAUCAAAAAAUACAAGACUCAAGCACUAAGCAAAACCAAAUGUUUGGAAUUUAAAAUCCAUUCCAGUACAAUUGUUAUCUUUCAUAAUGUAUAAGCCAUCUACGACAUAUGAAACUUGAACACAUUUUCAGUUUUGUAUUAUCUCAGUAUUACAUGCCAAGCAGACUUCUAAGGAGUUGGAGUAAUUUUGUGUACAAAUUAGUUUUUAAAUGCAACUGUUAAUUUCUUUACCAACACAGGAUGAAAUCUGAAUUGCAUUUGGAAACAGAAAAUGAAGCACUAAGCCCAGCAUUACAAUAACCUUGCAGGGGCAACCAAAGCUUUCCAUUGUAAAAAAAAUAGGAAUGUUAAUUGUGUUCAAACACAGUUUGGAAAGAGAAGGAAAAUGUACUAAAGCUCUAGCAGUUCUGAAAGACUGCUGUAUUACUUCACCUCCAAUUUAUUACAUUAAUUUCAAAAUCCAAACAGGAAUGGAAGAACAGCCUUCAUGCUCCACUUCUGUACUAAAGAAACAAUUGUUUUUAGCUAACUAUGGAUUUGGAGGGAAAAGCAGAUGUUGACAUAAAACACUGAGUAAAUAAAUUGCUUUCACAACCUAUGGAAACUAUCAGAGGUGCAUUUUCUACUCUUUAAGAUUAUCACCAAUUUUUUUAAUAACUAUUUUUCUACAUGCAUGAAAAGAAUUUCUACAGAAAGCAAAAAAAAAAAAAAAAGGAUCCUGUUCUAGGAAAAAAAAAUAGUUCUUUUAAUAGUUUUGCAGCUGCCAUAGUGUACAGUAUUUACCUUGCACAAAGUAUUUAAAAAAUAUGAACUCAGUAAAAAUAAAAAAUGUUACCCUAGUUUCAAAGUAUAUUGUUUUCUAUUUUUUCUUCUACUUAGUAUUACAUAACUCUGAGUUUUUUUAAUAUGAUGCUUCAAAAUAACAGAUGACCAGAUUCAAUAUAACUCUGUUUCUCUGCAAGCACUUAAGCUUCAAGGAGACUGGAUUUUCUUUAACACCCCUCACUGUGGUCACCACAUCUAUUAAAACACCUUCCAGUAACAUCUACUUGCUUGAAAAGACAGGCAAUAGAGGUAUGCAGUUCUCUGUAAAAUUUUUAUUGUUUCACUUACAAAAAAAUUGACAAGCUUUGUUCCAACAUCUUCCAUUCAAAACUAAAUAGAAGUAAAUGCUUUACAAUAAAUGCAGUUCGACCUCUUUAAUAUACCGCGUUCAUAGGGCCAGGUGUCUGGGGAUGAGAGGCAAGGUAGAUGUUGAAACAGUAAUGGAGGUCUGUUAGCCACUGCUCUUGAACUUCACCGCUCUUCAGUGUCUACGAAGAAGGAGAAAAAAAGGUAAAACUUGCAAAACUUUGCUUUGUUUUUACAGUUAAUCAGGUGUGCUGUUAAAGGUACAAGAACAGCCUUGUUCCCCUGCACACAGUGACACUGUUCUCCUCAUUUAAAUAUUUCAACGUGGUACGUCUCUUAAAGCCCAAAUAAUAAAGUGUUAUGACUGGGUACACUAAGUCAGUGUUACAUUAUCAAGCGUGUGAAUUACACCAGAUGUGCUUUCCUUACUCUUAAUUAGAGUGAUUCACUUACUUCCCCAUUCUGCAAUUUAUAGGCAAUUAAAAUGCAAAUGAGCGUGGUUCUACUAAUGCAGGAGAGCUCACUAACCCAGUCUACAGGAGAACUGCUACCGACAGAUCAAUGUAGCCCAUGGCCCAGUAACUGACUCUUCUCAGCAUUUGUAAGUGGUUAAAAAUACCCAACAGCAAACCCAACCCACCCAUGGUGGAACAUCACAAGAACUGACUGUGGGAUUUUCAACACUAAAGGAAACCAAACUUGCAAGUUGAAGAACUUGCAUCAUAAUCUCUCACAUGUGCUUCCACCACUACUGUUUUGUUUAAAGUAUCUUCUUCAACAUUUGCGAUAAUUUUAAAAAAUAAACAUUAUGUAUAUGCAGUCUCUGGCAAGUUUCAUACCAUGAUGUCCUUGAUGAUCUGUUGCACCAGAAACUCGUUUGUGAUCAUAUGGCUCCUGAGCUGACCGUGUUGCAUUAGUAAGCGAAGCAACUGAGCAACAACAGGCAGUUCUUCCCGACAGAUCCUGCUCACUUGCAGGCUUUGCAGCAUCAGCCUCAGUAAUCGUGGCAGGAGUGCUAAUGCAGAUAUACACGAUCCCCACAGCAUAUCCCUGAGAGGAAAGCAGAAUAAAAAUUGAAAUGACUGAGGAUAUAUAUUUCAAGGAUGCUGCUGUGAACUGGCUGCAUGGCUGUCUAAGGAAAUGUGCUGCUGUGAAUUCAAUCAUGCCAGCUGCCUUCACCCGUAUUGGUAGCAAAGCAGAAAA